AUGAAUGAAACUGAGUCAAUCACCGGCGAACUAGCAACAAUCCACCUCCCAGGACUCGAUUCAGUCUUCGAAGAACAAGCAGCUCUUUUAAAUCAUGCUGUGCAAGUCAUUGGUAUGGGAAAAUAUCAAUGGGCAUUGUUCGUCUUAGCGGGGUAUGGCUGGAUGUGUGAUCAGCUAUGGCAAACCACCGUCUCAGAUGCCCUCGCUCAAGUUGCAGUUGAGUUCCAGCCUCAACACUCUGCAUUUCUGUCCCUGGCUCUCAUAGCAGGCUUGGUAUGUGGUGCUGGCUUCUGGGGUCUCGGAUCGGACUUGAUUGGACGAAGGCUAGCAUUCAACCUCACGCUCUUCAUCGCCGGAGUUUUCGGUCUUGCUGCUGGAGCUGCACCAAAUUUCGUUGCUUGCGCUAUGCUAUGCUCUUUCAUUGGCUUCGGUGUUGGUGGUAAUCUCCCCGUUGACUCGGCAAUAUUUCUUGAGUUCUUGCCAGCUACCCACCAAUACCUUCUCGUCAUUCUAUCGGUCUGGUGGGCGUUAGGUCAAAUUAUCCCGGCCGGUGCUGCUUGGGGAUUUCUCCCUAACUUCAGUUGCGCGUCUACCACUCCAGCAGGACAAUGCCACAAAGCUGAUAACAUGGGCUGGCGUUACCUCAUGUACACUAUGGGCGCGCUCACCCUAGUUCUAUGGGCUGGUAGAUUCUUGUUCUUCCGCUUACACGAGAGCCCAAAAUACUUGGUUGGGCAAGGCCGAUAUGUAGAAGCCAUCGAAGUAUUGGAUGCAGUUGCCAAGUAUAAUGGCACAUCGCAACCAAUCACAGUAGCCAUGCUCGAGAAGAUAGAAUUAGACCAUGCUGAGCGUCAUGGAAAAAGCCAUGAAGUUGCUCCUGUUGAUCGGAAAGCUGCCAUCAAGCGAUCUCUGAGGGCAUUCAAACCUGGAGGCUUUCCUCACGUCCGCGCACUCUUUUCGACAUUCAAACUUGCGUACUCGUUUACGUUGAUUCUUCUGAUCUGGGGAAUGAUUGGACUGGCAUCUCCUCUUUACAGCAACUUUCUCCCGGAAUAUCUUGCAGCGCAUGGUGCUAAAACUGGAGACGGUAGUAUCAAUAUUACCUACCGAAACAACUUUAUUAUUAUCGUCUGCAGUCUGCCUGGAACUCUUCUCGGAGGAUGGCUGAUUGGAAUCAAAUAUGUUGGACGAAGAGGAACAUUGGGAGCGUCACUCAUCAUCACUAGCAUCUUCCUCUUCGCUUUCACAACUGCUAAAACAUCGGCUGAGAAUUUGGCGUUCAAUUGUGUCUCGACAUUUGUACAAUACAUAAUGUGGGGCGCGCUGUACUGCUACACCCCAGAGGUCAUCCCAUCUCUGCAUCGUGGUACAGGAACAGGUCUUGCAUCUGCUUUCAACCGAGUUUGUGGUUUGAUGGCUCCUAUUAUUGCGACUUAUGUUGGAUAUUCGGAUGUACCUAUCUUUGUGUCAGCAUCGUUGUAUCUGGUCGCUGGUCUUUUAAGCUUCUGUCUGCCGUUUGAGACGAUGGGUAAGGCCGCAAUAUGA